AUGCCUCGACGCAAGUUCAUCGACAAGAAAAAUGCCACCCAUUUCCAGCUCCUCCAUCGCGCCCAAAAUGACCCCCUCAUCCACGACGAAAAUGCGCCCUCGAUGGUCUUCGCUGAAGUCGAGAAGGCGCAAUUGCGACGGCCACAGGAUGAUGACUACGCUUAUUCAAGCGCAGGCUCGAUGUACAGUGGUGCCUCAUAUCGCAGCAAGAAGACGAAGCAACGUGGAGAUCUCGAGGAUGAGUUUGGCAUGAAUGUGCGCAAAAACGAGGGAGAAGCCGCGCAACAUGGCGUUUUCUACGACGAUACCGAGUACGACUACAUGCAGCAUAUGCGAGAUCUGGGGACUGGCGAGGGUGCAGUCACCUGGGUUGAGGCGAAAAAGCCAGACGAGGGCAAGGGGAAGCAAAAGCAGAGACUGGAAGAUGCGCUGAGGAAUAUGGACUUGGAAGACACUCAGAGUGUGGGUGCCAGCAGCAUGACAAGCAGUGUCGCACGAAGUCUGCUACCUGAGGAAGUCCUGCCAAGCGAGUUUGUGCAGAAGCGAUCUUAUCAAGACCAGCAAGAUGUGCCUGACGAGAUUGCUGGAUUUCAGCCGGACAUGGACCCCAGAUUGCGAGAAGUGCUGGAGGCCCUGGAAGAUGAGGAGUAUGUGGACGAUGAGGAAGAUAUAUUCGCCGAGCUCACAAACGAAGGCUACGAGGUCGAGAGAGACGAGUGGGAACGGUUGGCAGAGCAAGAGUUGUUCGACGAGGAGGAUGAGGGCUGGGAGAGUGAUGACACCAUCAAAGCGCCUGCUUCGCCCAAAGCUUCACAUCUUCCCGAUCCGAAUCUACCACUCCCAGACGGAGAAGAUGCGAAACCGCCUGAAGAUCCGCAAGCGGUGCCUUCAGCUGAUCCAACCGAAGGUGCUUGGUUAGAUGAGUUCAAAAAGUUCAAAUCAGCAGCAAAAGUGGACAAGGCAGACAAGGAAGACGGUGCAUUUGCUCCAUCAACGCUCGAAUCUUCGGCGCUCUCGUCACUCGCCACAGGCCGCAGGAAGAAACGCAAGGGUGCCAAAACCUCUACUACUAAUUACUCCAUGACAUCUUCAUCUUUGGCACGCACAGAUCCGCUGACGACGCUGGACGAGAGAUUCGACAAGCUGGAGGCAGCAUACUCUCUAGAAGAGUUCCCAGAAGAGGAAGAAGACGACUACCUGGCCGACAAUGGCUCAAUGGCAUCCGGCAUGACCGGUCUCUCCAAGGCCUCCAAAGUAUCCAAGUACUCCAACAUGUCUGGACUCAGCGGCGUCAGCGGUGUCUCAAGCUACUCCAAGGCAACAGAUUCAGAAGCACCGCAGCUGAUGAGGAGCGACUUCGACGGUAUCAUGGAUGACUUCCUUGGCAACUACAGCAAGACUGGAAAGCUGGGGAAGAGAGUCAAGCGUGGUGCGCCGCAGGGUGGCAUGGCUCAGCUCGACGAGGUUCGAAAGGGCCUUGGCGAGGCAAGAGUCAGCAGCAGAUACAAGACUGCGGCCAAGACCGGGUCGUAG